AUGGCACAUAAGAGCAUCACAAUUAUGCUUUCAUUUAUGGUUAACUGGCUUGAAGUAGAGGUGGAGGAAGGUGGGGAGAGGCAAGUAUCUACAGCACUUAAUCAGUAUGGAGAAAAUGAGAAAUACAAAGAUGUUGCGCGCGUCGGGCUGCUGCCUCCAUUUGCGUCGCGGCCCGGGACCCCCGCGCCAGAAAGAGACGCCCCGCGCCGCCGGCCCACCCCUCUCCUUCCGGUGCAGUUCUGCCCCUCCCCCGAGCUCUCCUCAGACCUCCCCCGAGCUCUGCUCAGACUUCCCCCGAACUCUCCUCAGACUUUCCCUCGAACUCUCCUCAGACUUUCCCUCGAGCUCUCCUCAGACUUCCCCCGAGCUCUCCUCAGACCUUCCCUGAGCUCUCCUCAGACCUGCCCGAGCAAAGGCAGGAGCGAGGCCACCACCCCGCCCUCCGCCACCAUGGCCCACCUGCGGGCUUGCGAAGUCCGGCAGCUGCUGCACAACAAGUUUGUGGUGGUCAUGGGGGACUCUGUCCAGAGGACUGUGUACAAGGACCUGGUGCUCCUGCUGCAGAAGGACUGCCUGCUCUCUCCCAGACAGCUGAAGGACAAGGGCGAGCUGAGCUUCGAGCAGGACGUGCUGCUGGAGGGCGGCAGGUGGGAAGGCUUGCACCGCGGCACCCACUACCGCGAGGUCCGCCAGUUCCGUUCGGGCCACCACCUGGUGCGUUUCUACUUCCUCACGCGCGCGUACUCCCCGUACGUCGAGGACGUCCUGGAAGACCUGCGGCGCGGCGAGCACGCCCCGGACGUGGUGGUCAUGAACUCCUGCCUCUGGGACCUCUCCAGGUACGGCCCCGACUUCCGGAGGAGCUACCGGGAGGACUUGGAGAGCCUGUUCGGACACCUGGGCCAGGUGCUGCCCGAGGCCUGCCUCCUGGUGUGGAACACCGCCAUGCCGGUGGCCGAGAUGGUCUCCGCGAGCUUCCUCCCGCCAGACCGCCCGUCCCGCCGCGUGCGCCUGCGAGAAGACGUGAUGGAGGCCAACUUCUACAGCUCGACUGAGGCCAGCAGGCAUGGCUUCGACGUGCUGGACCUCCAUUUCCACUUCCGGCACGCUGGGCAGCACCGGCAUCGAGAUGGCGUGCACUGGGACGAGCGCGCCCACCGCCAUCUCUCUCAGCUGCUGCUGGCGCACGUGGCUGACGCCUGGGGCGUGUACCUCCCAUGCCGCGACCCUGUGGGCAGGUGGAUCAGGGAUGGCCCUGCCAGAGGACACUCAGGCCCGGUGAGCCAGAGACAGCCCCGUGAUAGCAGAGGUGACCCAGGUGAACAGUCCUUUUCCUGGUUCCCACCCACGUCUUCGUGCUCCCAUUCACUGCGGAGACCUGUGCCCUUUCCCCAGGCUCGACAUCCGUUCCCGCCCUACUCCCAAGGUGCCCGUGUGCACUCCUACCCAACUUCACAGCGCGGGUUCUCCAGUGAUUCUUCAAGGCGCCGGCUUGAACAUGCUGGCGAAGCUGACUUGAUUGGCCGUGAGGCGCGUCCGGGCCCCAUCCGCAGAGCCUCUACCCAACAUCGGAGCAGAGCAUCACCUCCCUACCCUCCCCGGCAUUCUGACGAGCCACACAGAUGCCAGCGAAGGCGAACAAACAGACGGCCCCGAGCACAGCCAGAGGAAAGGCCUCAGUAGCCAGACCUAUAUACCUGGAUUCCUUCCCAACAUGGUUAAUAGGCUGGACAGACUGCCCGACUUCUCUUUCAAGCGUGGCCUUCAGCAACUCUGCCAUGGUGAGGGCUCUUUCUGCUUCUUGCUUUCUGCAGUGAAUAGCCUCACACAUUCUCAGCCAGAACCUCCACUCUACUUCUUGUUGAGGGGGCAAAAACUCAGACUACCACACCAUUCUCCUCUAGCUUGGCAUUUGGGCAAAAUUAACUCUAAAUGAAAAAGUACACACACAGUUAAGCCUUGCCUAAAUAUGUCUUCCAACAAUAUUCUCCAUAUACUUUCUUCCUAAAAAGAAAAAAAAAAGUAAAAAUUUUGAUCCUGAAACCUUACCAAAACAUUUUCGUUAAGACUUAAAUAGCACUAGUUUCUACAUACGUUUAUAGAACUUAAUCCCCAAAGCUUUCUUCACAAAUUGUCUUGCACAUUCCUUAAUUAAAUUUAUCUGUGCUUCAACAUAAUAUUUAUACUUUAAAAAAGUAUUCCAUUCACUAACACAAAGUUUUUUUUUUCUGUUAAAAACAUUUUCUACUCUCAAGCUCAUCAAAUGCCUAGCACAUUUUUUUUAACAUAGACCUUUUUUUUAGAGCAGUUUUAGAUUCACAGCAGAAUUGAGAGAAAAGUAGGGAGUUCUCAUAUACUUCUCAUAGACAGCCUCUACCACUAUCAACAUCCCACACCAAAAUCGUAUAUUUGUUACCUUCAUACAUCAUUUCACCCAAAGUCCGUUUUUCACAUUAGGGUUCACUCUAGGUGAUGUACAUUGUGUGGUUUUUGAAAGAUGUAUAAUGACAUGUAUCCACCAUUGUAUUAUCAUACAGUAUAGGUUUAUUGCCCUAAAAUUUCUCUCUACUCUUCCCCUUCACCCAACCCCUGCAACCACCCAUCCAUAACUCUCCAUGGUUUGAUGUUUCCUAGAAUGUUAUAUAGUUGGAAUCAUACAGUAAGUAGCCUUUUCAGAUUGGCUUCUUUUACUUAGUAAUAUGCCCUUAAGGUUCUUCCAUGUCCUUUCAUGGCUUGAUAGCUCAGUUGUUGUUAGUGCUAAAUAGUAUUCCAUUGUCUGGAUGUACCAUUGUUUAUGCAUUCACCUGCUGAAGGAUGUCUUAGUUGCUGCCAAGUUUUGGCACUUAUGAAUAAAGCUUAUUUAAACAUUCUUGUGUAGGUUUUUGUGUGGAUAUAAGUUUUUGACUUCUUUGAGUAAAUACCAGGGAAUGCAAUUGCUGGAUCAUAUGGUAAGAGUAUGUUUUGUUUUGUGAGAAAAGGCCAAACUGUCUUCAAGAGUGGA